UUCGAUGAGCAGUGAUGAGAGAAACACUUUAACAAGGUAUCCUCGUCCCCAGGACGCUACGCAUAAUUUUAUGUAACUGGGGCAAGCAUGUUCACAGAAAUGCUCUCCAAAUCCCAUCCAAACACCAAAUGGAGAAGAUGACAAACCUUAAUUUUCGUGUGUUCCUAUUUGUAUCAUUAGGAUGUCUUGUUUCUGUAAUGUGUUUCAAGCCAGUGAUCUUGAUGCAUGGUGUAUUUCCAAAUCCAAAUGAACUUCCAGAUAUUGAAUCCAAAAUUUUAAAGGCUCAUCCAGGGACCAAUGUUACCAAAAUUGAGAUGUUCAGUGAAUUUCUGACAAGCAUCGCCCCCUUGUGGUUACAAGUUGACCUAAUUACUAAGCAGAUACGUAAAGUCAUGAAGAACAGUAAAGAUGGGGUUCACUUAUUGUGUUAUUCCCAAGGAGGGAUAACCUGUCGUGGAAUCUUAGAGACGAUGCCAGACCACAAUGUAGAUACGUUCAUAUCGUUGAGUUCGCCGCAGGGUGGGCAGUAUGGAGUUCAACCACCAGCAGGCAACCUUGACACUGACCGUCUCAAAUAUCUCUUCCCUAACUACCUGAAGGAGAAUAUUUACAAGUUCUUCUACACAGAAGCUGGGCAGGAGGUCUCAAUUGGCAAUUACUGGAAUGAUCCUCAUCAUCAAGAUCUCUACAAGAAAUAUUCUGUCUUUCUCGCCGUGCUCAAUAAUCAAACUCAUAAUCCACAAAGUCAUGAAUACAAGAAAAACUUUUUACGGUUGAAAAAAAUGGUGCUGAUUGGUGGUCCAGAUGAUGGUGUGAUAACGCCUUGGCAAUCGAGCCAGUUUGGCUUUUAUGACCAAAAUGAAUCUGUGCUUCCGUACAAGAAGACUGAGUGGUACCUAAAGGAUUCGUUCGGCCUCCAAACUCUUGAGAAACGUGAUGCUAUCCAGACUUACUCCAUCUCUGGGGUCAAGCAUGUGAUGUGGCAUAAAAAUCAGACCGUGUUCAACUGCUGCAUAGAGAAAUGGCUGACAUGAUGUCGUCAAAAACUUGCAAAACCUUGUCAGAACUAUAUUUAAUCAUCAAAACAUAUUCAGGGAGCAAUAUAUGACUUGUGAAUAGCAUAUCUUCGCCAAAUUCCGUACUUAAAGGAAUCGUUGGUAGUUUCCAUAAUGAAGAAAGCAGUCAGCCUUGUCUUAAGUAUAAGAAACUUGAAGGUCAGAUUGAUUAACCUAAGGUCUCUUAGUGGCUGUGCAAUAUCAUGUUUUCUGAACAAAGUGCCUUGUCAGUAUUAUGUCUUUACCGGUAGUUUCCAUCUCAAGGAUGGA